GAAGAGAAGGUGGCAGUGGCCAAAGCCAAGGAUUUCUUGGAAAGCAACACAUACUCUGCCAAUGAUCCCUACACCAUGGCUCUUUCUGCAUACGCCCUGUCUCUGCUUCGCAGCCCUUUCGCCCCAUUGGCUUUGCGCCGCCUCAACCACAUGGCCAUCACUCAAGAUGGACUCACCCACUGGAGUCUGACUGGCAGCACGGUGACCGAUGAGGACACGUUCUUGGGCUUCAGCGACGGCCUCUCACAGUCAGUGGUGUCAGCAGAGGUGGAGAUGACAGCUUACAGUCUCCUGACCUACGCUGUGCUGGGAGAUGUUGCUUCUGCGCUUCCUGUGGUCAAAUGGCUCUCCCAGCAAAGGAACGCUUUAGGUGGUUUCUCUUCCACACAGGACACGUGCGUGGCUCUGCAUGCACUUUCAGAGUAUGCCAUCCUGUCGUAUGUAGGGGGGGUAAACCUCACCAUCUCUCUGGCCUCCACCAACCUCGACUUCCAGGAGACUUUUGAACUAAACAGGGACAACAAGAAACUUCUUCAGAGUGCCAAGAUACCAAGUGUCCCGACAGGUCUUUUCGUCAGCGCUAAAGGAGAAGGCUGCUGCCUCAUGCAGAUCGACAUGUCCUAUAACGUACCUGACCCGGUAGCGAAGCCAGCUUUUCAGCUCAGGGUUGAGCUGAAAGAGCCUCUUCAGGAGCGACACCCUCAUCCCUCUUCUUCCUCCUCAUACUCCCCUCGGCUGUCCUCAUCCCGCUCCAAAAGCCGAGCAGGCAACCGCUCAGAGAUGAACCGGAAACGACGGGCGCCGGUCGACGAUGACGACCCGGCAGCACACCAGGACAAGAUGAACUUCCACAUUUCCUUAGAAGUGUGCGCCAGAUGGCUUCAUUCAGGCUCGUCCAACAUGGCUGUCAUAGAGGUUCCCAUGAUUUCUGGUUUCCGAGCAGAUGUGGAAAGCCUAGAACGGUUUCUCUUGGAUCAGAGAGUGGGAUUGAAGCGAUAUGAGCUGAACGGCAGAAAAGUGUUGUUCUACUUUGAUGAGAUUCCCAGUGAGUGUAUGACAUGUGUUGCCUUUCAAGCUGUCAGAGAAUACAUCGUGGGCAAGACUGCGCCUGUUCCAGUUAAGAUCUAUGACUACUAUGAACCAGCUUUUGAGGCCACCAGGUUCUACAAUGUUAGUGAGAGCAGUCCACUUGCACGGGAGCUGUGUGAUGGACCGACAUGCAACGAGGUGGAGAGUUCAUCAAACCAAUGGACAGGUUUUGUGCAAGCAAACCAGUGCAACAAUGUGUUCGGCUGCUUAGAGGAGGAACGGUUUGAGCGUUGCACGUGCUAUAGAGACUGUGGCUACGAUGGGGAGCCAGUUUGUGGAUCUGAUGGGCAGCUCUACCAGAACCAGUGUCAGAUGGAGGUGUUUGCCUGCCGAAAUGGGACACGUGUAAAGCAGGUUCCCUCCUCCCAGUGUCCACAAAUGGAGAUCACCAAAGACGUGCAGCCAGUCGUGAGCCAGGAAACAGAGCAACCCUCAGUGCCUGUCCACACAGGUGGUGAAGAACAGGGCUCCAUGGCUGAGGUGUCCUACUACUCCUACGAAUAUGACUCGGAUUCUGAGCUUUUCCUUACUGACGGAGACGGAGUGGACAUUUUUGAUGUGGCAGAAGUCGGGGCAGGUGUAGAGCAUAAACUGCACAUGCCAGUAGAUCCCUAUCUACCUGCGAUGGACACAAAAACCACCCCUGAGCGAUGAACUGGUCCAAGUGAAGCCAUACUGACCUCCAAAUUGUACCAUAUUUGUGAAUAUGCUUUUAAAUGCAAAUAAGUCAGACUGUCGGACGGGUCUGGAGGCUGAAAGUAAAUGCUUUAUUUAGAUGAAUGGAUUCAGAGUGGAUGUCUUUAUUGUGUACAUCUGUUUUUGUGUGUGACUGGAUGAGAAUGAGUAUUAUUAUUAAGAUUAUUAAUCCUCCAGACUUUUCUUCUCGUAGACUUCAAUAAGCACCAUAGCAUUCUUGGUAUUCAUUUAUCUUCCCUCAAAGAAAUAAUCAAGGUUUUGUUUGUAAUUACACCUGAUGUUAAGCAAAUGUGUUGUUAUAUUUUCUAUCUGUGGUAUUUAUUUGUAGCUAGAA